AUGGCGGCCGUUUACAAGACCAUGUCGAAGAAGAACGCUCGCAGACUUGCGAAGGAAGAAGAGGAGGAGGACGAGGAUAUUCAAAUGGAGGAUCUUCUCAGCGACGAAGAUAGCACCGACAGCGAAGAGGACGAGGACGAAGAUGCGGCGAAUGUCGCCAAACAGCAGCUUGCUUCUGGAUUUAUGCCCAAGUCUCGCGUUCUGAUGCUUACUUCUCGAGGUGCUUCCUAUCGCCACCGACACUUGCUCUCAGAUCUGGCCGGUCUACUUCCCCAUGCCUGCAAAGAGACCAAGCUCGACACGAAGAAGAAGACGGCCGGUUACAAUAUGCUGCUCAACUCCCUCGCGGACCUUCACUCCUGCAACGUGAUCUUCUUCCUCGAGGCCCGCAAGCGCGGCCAAGAUCUGUACCUGUGGCUGUCUCGUCCCCCCAACGGCCCCACGCUGAAGUUCCAUGUCAACAACCUGCACACUAUGGGUGAGCUGAACGCCGGUUUCAGCGGGAAUUGCCUGAAGGGCGGCCGCGGCCUCGUGGUGUUCGACCAGUCCUUCGACGAACAGGGCCCCGAGAUGAGCAAGCCCGGCAACGAGUACCGUGGCCUGGUGCGUGAGAUGCUGCGCGGCGUGUUCUGCGUCCCCAAGCGCGGUGUCAAGGGCAUGAAGCCGUUCAUCGAUCGCAUCAUUGGCAUCUUCGGCGUUGAUGGAAAGAUCUGGAUCCGUGUCUACGAGAUCCGGGAGGUGGAAGCGGGGGCUAAGAAGCCGGAGGAUGGCGAGGCGAAGCCCGCUCCCAAAGGCAAGGAUGCGCAGCCGGAGGUGUCUCUCGUUGAGGUUGGGCCGCGCUUCGUCUUGACGCCCAUCGUCAUCCUGGAGGGCAGCUUCGGCGGUCCGGUCAUCUACGAAAACAAGGAAUACGUCAGCCCCAACCAGGUCCGUUCCGAGAUCCGCGUGAGCAAGGCAGCUCGCCACGUCAACCAACCAGCCAUGUCAUUCAACAUUCUAGCCACAGAGCUCCUGCUCCACAUAUUUCGCUCCUGCGAAAGCAUCCACGACGUAUUGAACCUUGCAUUGACCACCCGACGCCUCCACCACGUCUACCGUCAUUCCAACAAGCUCCAGCUCCUCGCAGAUGUAGCCGAAAGGGAAUUCGGUCCCCUCCACGACAUCGCCCAGAUCGUAACGCAAAACCAAAGCCAGCCCGCACACGUCGCCCGGACGGCGCCGAUCUCAGACCCGAUGCUGAAGCAAAUGGUGCGGAUAGGACGGGUCGCGCAGAAAUGGGAAACCAUCUACCCCGUCAAGAAGUGGAGGAUCGACUACGAGAAUCGCCGCUCCCUGACGUCUCUAGAGCGGUUUCGUCUACGCCGCGCACUCUACCGUCUUUGGCUGUAUCACCGCGCGUUCCACACGCGCGCCUACGACCGCUUCUCGCGCAACCUGCGCGCCGUUGUGCACGAGCGCGCCCAGCUCCUGCAUAACUGGUCGCCGGGGGAGCUGGCGGAGAUUGAGGACGUGCGGGCCGUCGUCGGGGAUGUCGUGCAGAACCACAUCUGCCCCAGCAACGGGACCAUCCAGCGCAAGUUCCGCAAGCGAUACCCCGAGGGCAACCACCAGCUGGCGUUCAACAUCCACCUCAACUACCCCAGCCCCGACCCCGGGUCGACAUUUGGUCCCGACAAGCGCGCUGAGCAGCCCUUCUACUCGGCGCACCCGUCGACCACAAGGGAAUCACCCGCCAAGUAUCGAUCCCGGUUCCGGAACGACCUGUUCCAUGACCCCGGGGCUGAGGGCUGGGGCGACGAGAUCCCGCAUUACUACGUCGUGCAGGACAUGAUGAAGCUGGAUCCGGGACAGGUGCUGUGGCUGCGGGAGUAUGCGCCGAUGAAGGAGCAGGUGGAGGUCUUCGUGCAGAGUCUGGGGGAGUGGUUCCGGGACAAUGGGGAGACGUUUGGGGAUACGUUGGAGUGGGUGAUGGCGGAGAGGGGGGAGGAUGUUGGAGAGUUUCGCGCUGCGAUUGCUGGCCGAGAGGUGGGAGUUGUGCGAGUAGAUAGUUGA